AUGUACAAUAAUGAAAGAUAUUUCUCGCUUCGAAAUGAUGAUAUUAUAGAAAACGAUUUCGAUAAUAAAGAAGAUUUAUUUGAUAAACAACAUUUAUCAGAUGUCGAAAUGGAAAAAUUACGAAAUGUUGUUAAGACAAAAGUCGCCGGAGAAUUAAUGAUCAAAUUAUCGAAUUUGGAACAAACACUUCAUUUAGCCGGACAAAAUAUGACAAAAAAUACAAUUGACAAAAUUAAAAAAACUUUAGAAGAUACAUAUCAUACAGAUGAAUAUUUUCUUGACGAAAUCGAAUAUAUCCUUGCACCUUAUUGGGAAGAAUUAACAGAUGAUGAUAUAGCUCUUUUAUUAAUUAAAUCAUUUGAAACAUUUGAUAUUGAACAACAAGGUUUCAUUGAUAAACAAUAUUUAAUUCAAAAUUUAACAACCUUAGGUGAAAUGCCAUUGACAAUGAAAGAUAUUAAAAUUAUGUUUUCAAUGAUUAAUGAUUCAAAAAAAUCAUCAAAUACAUUUAAUUAUCAUCAAUUUAUUAAUAAGCUUUGUGGUUUAGAUAAUAAUAAUAGUAAAACUAAAAAGAAAAAAAAGAAAAAACUAAAAGUUAAAUAA